GACAUGCAUGCGUCCGCCAGAGCUGGAACCAAGCGACACGGGAGGCGUGGGUCGUGGGCCAGGUGCUUGAUUUACCCCACCUUUUGUCAUCGAAGAGAUCAGUCCAAUCGGCCGCUGUCGCUGUUCCCCUUUGCGCUCGACAAUUCAACGGAGCUCUGCAGCCUGUGGUUGCUUCUCUUGCGUCUUUUUCUGCAGCAUAUCUACGUCAACCUCUAUACAUCUCGCUUCCUCACAUAUACCACAUCUCCAACCCUCGUCCAUCAGGGAGGGCCUUCCGUCCCACCUGCCUACCCGAAGCGUGCGCAAGUGGGCGCGCGCGCGCAUAUUUUUCCGUGGGCCCCGACUGGGCGAGGAAGCGACACCGCUGAACGACCAGUUCUCUUCAGUCCAUCGCCCUCCCCGGUUCACUGGGGUAUGCAUGUGUUGAGCGCCUCCGCCCCAGCAUGAUAUCGAGCCCACCCAUCAUUCCGGUUUUGAGCAGCGGCUCCGGCCACCUGCGGCCAGACUGCCACCAAACGACGAUUUCCGUGGAAGAUUUGUUUUAGCACUCGUUUUUAGUCAACCCUUGAUCGACCUAACCUCGCCCCGACCAGCCGCCGUUUCCAACCGAGACGCCCCACCACCACCACCACUGCUGCUACCAGCUUUUUGGGUUGGUAUCCUAUCUUUUUUUUUUUUGGACGUUGUCCCAACCUGUCAAAUUCAAAAUUUACGCCGCCAUCGAACCAUAUUUUAACAUCAUAGCCUACGUGGGAAUUGACUAAAGGGAAAGAGGAAGGAAGUAUUCGCGAAGAGGAGGAAUCGAGAAUAGGAGAAGGCACAAGGGAAUGGGAAGGGAAUCACCAGGGCCAGUCUCGAAGCACAUGCCAUCGAAUUCAUACCGCGGGCGGGCACAAUCACUCUCUCCAGGACCAGCGGCCGCGCAAACCCACCACCAAACCCGUCCCGCUUGACCGACAAUACAGCGAUAGCCUUCUAUUCGUGCGCGCAUCUAGGUCAGAGGCAAACCAGCGACGGCGCGCGCAAUGUCCAUAAUGGGCUCCGCCGCCGCCUGGGAUGGCCAGGAGGGCCAGAUGCAGACCAGCCCAGUCGACGACUUCCAGCAAUACCUCGACAUGAACGCAAUCGGCGGCCUGGGCGAUCCCCUCCAGUUUGACUUCCACGACUUCCAAGAGUUCCAGCACACCGCCAAUGCGCCCAUCCUACAGCGGUCCCAGCCCCGGGCCGAACACCUAGACACCCCGAUGAGCGGCACCGACAUGCCGUCUCUUGUGUCGGCGCGACCAGAGCACCCGCUCCACCACUCGGCGCCCAUGAGGCCCAUGGCCAUGACGUCGGCUCCGGCACACGCCUCCAUCAACUCCAUGGUGACCCUUCCUGCCGCCAUGGUGUCCUUGCCUCCAACGUCGCAUGCCCCGCCCACGCCGAGUGAGGCCAUCAAUGAUAUCGACGCCAAGAUCGUCUUCCUGCAGCAGCAGCGCAUGCAACAGCAGCAGCGCCAGCUCGAGGAGCAGGCCGCCUAUUUCGCCGCACAACGGAGUCGCAUGGUACCCCCCACGCCCCAGAGUCUUGAUCUCCAAGCAAGAAGCCGCUUCUACACCCAGCCGGACCACACACCCCAGCAGGGCAUGUAUGAGCGGUAUCAGCGCAUGGGCGCCGACCAGCAAGAUAUGGCAUUCACGCCGCUCGUUUCUCCGGCCGUAACGCCUCUUGAGGCACAGUUCCCGAUGGACACACAGUUCACCAUACCUGGGGCAUAUUUCAGUCCCUUGGCGUCUCCUUCUCUCCACGCACAGGCCGAAGGUUCCUCGGUCAUAUUCGACCACAUGUCCCGCGCGAACCAUAAUGAUAGUAGUAACAGCAACAGCAAUAAUAACAACUCGCCAGGCGACAUGGACCUUGAGACACCCACACCGACGGCACCCAAUCCGACAGCUCCAAGCGAGGCAAGCAAAAAGCCUAGGAAAACCACAGGGACCAAGGCUCGGGGCAAGACAUGUGUGCGGCAGUCACCGAUCACAAAACCACAGAGGAAAAAGACGCAGACCACACCCAUCAUCAACUCGCAGGCCCUGAGCGAGCUGGCCGAGGCGCUAGAGCACGGUCAGGAUUCGGGCCAUCAGCUUCUCCCACCCCCAGCCCCGCACGGCCCAGGUUCGUCGCCAGUCGAGGCUACGGACUCGGAGAACGGCUCUGUCUCGCCAGAGACGCUGUCCGAGAUGCCCCCGCCGCCAAUCCCGAAGCCGCGUUCUGCACGACCGUCCCCCUUUAUCAGGCCCCAAAACGCCGCACCACGGUCGGCUGUGGCGUCGUUGCAGGGACAAGGGAAGCUGUCACCGGCAACGCCGGCCUCUCUCAUGAGACUGACGUCGCCCAAAAGUAGCCUGGCCGCUGUAUCGGGCCUCACAGACUCGAUGCCCCACGAAACCAUUGAGAACUUUGAACUCCCGGAGUCGGUCAACUUCCAGCAGAAGCCCCGAGGGCCACUACUGGUGACACAGAGUCCUUCCGCAUCCCCCUCUCUGGAGCCGAGCUCAGCCAAGACAGCUCCGUUCCAGCCGCUGUUGUCUCCCAACUUUGCCAAGCCCGGAGCGCCAGCAUUGGCGACACAAAGCCCACAGCUUACCGGACAAGUUUCCAGCUCGGCAGCCGGGACGCCGGCACCGGCGUCGGCCACGAUGGCACGCAGAACACCACAGUUGGGUCCCAGGGGCAGCAAAAAGCGAGGCAGUGUCAGCUCAUCGCAUGUGUCCCCAGCCUUGAGACCACGAAUCUCGCCAAAUAUCAAACCGCUGCUUCCAGGCGGUACUAGCGCCGAGGACGCAGCAUCGAAGCUGCUGGCGUCCAAAUCCAACUACCAGAACAUACUCGAGGGUAUUCACGUGCCGGGCGUGUCUUAUCCAACAUCACUCUCGACGAACCUGACAUCAAAGCGGACGUCACACAAGAUAGCGGAGCAGGGCAGGCGCAACAGGAUCAACUCGGCUCUCCAAGAGAUUGCUACUCUGCUGCCCGCUUCGGUUCCCAACCCCGGUGGCGGGGAUGACGGUGCAUGCAAGGGGCCCGACGAUGGGGACGGUGGGGACGGCGACGGCGGGAAAAAGGGCGACAAGCAAGGAGGGGCCGGCGGGCCCAACAGUAAAGCGAGCACAGUCGAAAUGGCAAUCGAGUACAUCAAGCUGUUGAAGCAGGAAGUGGCUGAGGCAACACGGCGGGCCGAGGAGGCCGAAAGGAAGCUUCUGUUGCAAGGGCUGGGGCAGGACAAGGCAGAAAAGGAAAUUGGGAAAGAAGUGGAGGACAACAUCGACGUGGCGAUGGAGACUGCCAAGGCAGAAGGCGAGGCAGAUGCCAGCGCUGGGUCAUGACAAGAGGAGGCUCUGUGACGCGGCAUGAUGGACUCCGAGACAUGUCACAGCAUAGUUAUGACAAACGCAUCGUGGCGUUGUAAUAGUCAAGGCGGGUAUGGCCAGGCUGAAUAGGGUGGCAUUUGUCGUGUUAUUAGCACUGAUUUUCUGGUGGGAGGAAAGCGCCCUUGUUUCUUCCCUAUUUCCUUUUUUUUUUUUUUUUUUUGAUAUCCUCCAUCCUCUUUGGAUAAUACUCACUCUUGAGAUUCUUGCCCGUGUUUCUUAUCUUUUUUUUCCUAUCGCAGCAUCCCUAUAGGCGGAUGGAACCGAUGAUACACAUAUAAUAUAGGUAUGUCCGAUGGAGUUUGUUCAUCCCAUCCCGAGACAUCCAUUUCGACAGUUGCGUGGCUGUCUAGGCACCAACUCAGGACAGCCCUGGGUGUUGUCAAGGAUUGCGAGCUCCAGGUUGGUGCCCUGAAUUGUGAUAGGUGUAUGUUUGUGCAAUGGCAAAGGGGCGACCUGUACCCCACCAUCCAUCGACUUUGCCACCGCUCGAUCUCCCUUUUGCAAGACAUGCCUGGUAGACCAAAAGGAUCGAAGUCACGCCAUAUUUGAGAGCUCAAGGAGUGGGAAGGCCUGCGUCGAGUUUUGUAUCGCCGAUUCUAAAAGCCGGAUGCUCAGCAUGUUUGGUGCCGACAAGGUCGAACGGCUCAAGCCAAUUCGGCCGAAGCCGACCGGCCGAAGGUCAUCGAACCCGUACACAGUGAGAGCCGAAGGCCGAAGCCGCGCGGCUUUGGCCCUGAGCUGGAGCCGGACCCGUGCAAUUGUGACUCAACCAGCAUCGCGGGGGUUGCUGGCUCCGAGCUCCGACUUACACGUGCUGUCCGCGCGUCGGCCGCCAUCCGAGUCCCUGCCUAGGUAGGUGGCCUGGCGCCUCAUACGUCGCCACCACCAGCUCUGUACUCCCUGUGCGAGCCACGCCGGGUGGGCUGCCUGGCUGGGAACAGUCUCUCCUGACAUCCAUGUCCCGUGGCGAUUCUGCUCAUGCCGCGCAUCCAGACCCGGGUGACGACACCUGGAGGACGUACUGUGUUGGUUGCCUCGCCGUGGAACAGCUGCCUACCUAGAUACUUGGGUAUCUACAGCCCUAGCUAGCUGAAUGCGAGAGUG